UUGGCGCCAAACAAACAGAAGUGGACAGAGAGAGCAUUCGUGAAAUACCGUGUUUUGUUGAGGCGAAUACAAAUUUUUGCGUGAUUUAUCCCUAAAUUAAAUUGUGUGAAUUGAGAGCAUAACACAUUGCCACCAUGGCUGAAUCUCCGGGUUCAGAACAGCGCAGCAAACGGCGACGGAUUGAUAAACAUGGCCGUUUUGCGGCCCUGGAAAGACUCAAGAAUCUGAAAACGGCCGGCACCAAAAAUAAGUACGAAGUGGACGAGAUCAAAAAUGUGUACGACGAGGUGGAUGAGUCCGAGUACGCGAAAAUAGUGAACGAUCGCGCGCGGGAUGAUUUUGUCGAGGACGAUGACGGUACCGGGUAUGGAUAUGUUGAAAAUGGUCGCGAAAUAUUCGACGAAGAUGAACUGGAAGAGCAGGGACCGAGUCGGAACAAGGAGAAAUCCAAAAAGGGUAAAAAGCGGGGACGAGAAGAGUCGGCUCGGGUGCCCGGAAGGAAAUCGCUUAAAAAUUUCUUCAACAAGGAGCACGAAUCGAACGUGAAAAUUGCUGACGAUAAAAUUCUUGCGGAUAUUUUGAACGAGAUCAAGUCUGAAUCGGCAAGUGAUACAACGACAGCGGGAGCGAAUUCAAGGAAGGAGAUUAAACCAAUGCAAAUGACACCGAAACCGAAACCGGUUGACACAGAAGAAGAGAUGCGAAGAUAUAUGGAAAACUUUAGCAAAAAUAUUAAGAAAACGGAAGAAGUGGUCGAAGAGAACGAUAGCGAUGAGGAAAUGCUGAAUCGAGUUCUCAAGCAAAGUUCAAGCACUAAUAAAUCGAAAGUUAAUCAAAUCAAGAAGGUGGCAGCUAAAAAGCAGGAAAUUCCGGAAGUCAAACACAUGCCUAUUGAAACGAUAACCAAAGUAGAAGUGAAAACGGAACCACCACCAGAUGAGACUAGCUUUUCCGAUCAUUCUCCAAUUUCAAUCUCCGAAUUCAUGGACGAUGACUUUGAUCUGACCGCGGCAGAGGUUGAGUCUCAGGUGACUCAGAAACAACCGAUGGAUCCGGUAAAAGAAGAGAUCACAACCGAUUCCGCGAAACUUCUCAGUGGAUGGGGAAACAUUUGUGCGUCGGAGUUGGAGGAUGACAUGGAUGCAUCCGUCUUGGAAGGUGCGACUCCCCAGAACAGCGAUGAGACUAUCCGGUUCUGGUUUUGGGACGCUUGGACUGAUCCGGCGAAGUGUCAGGGAGAAAUCUACAUUUUCGGAAAGGCGGCCACGGGCAAGAAACCGAACGAGUUUCAGUCGGUUUGUGUGCACGUGCAAAAUGUGGAUCGUUGCAUGUAUUUGUUGGCCAGAGAAAAGGAGUUGGAUUUACCUAGUGGAACGGAAACGGAUAAGGAAGUCAGUAUGUUGGAUGUAUACAACGAGUUUUGCGAUGAUAUCAGCUCGAAACUGGGGGUGACUAAAUAUCGGACCAAAGUGGUUACCAAAAAUUUUGCCUAUACCAGUGGAAUGGGUGAGCUGCUGAUACCCACUCAAAGCGAGUAUUUGGAGGUUCGUUAUAGCGCAAAGUUGUCAGCGCCAGCACCGGACGGUAAGUAUCGCACCGUUUCCCACAUCUUUGGUACGAAUACCAACAUCGUGGAGCAGUUUCUAUUGGAGCGAAAAGUGAAGGGUCCAUGUUGGAUGGAUCUGAAGAACUUCAAGAAAAAUACAAGUCCCGCUAGUCACUGUAAGGUGGAAUACAUCGUCCCGGACAUCAACUGCAUAAGCGUGGCCCAAGAUGCAUCCACAGUGGCACCGCCCCCGUUGAUUGCAUGUGCGAUUAACUUCAGAAGCAUUCUGAACAAGGGAACCAACGAAAUAGCCAUGAUUUCGGUUCUAGUCCACGAUCGGUUCCCCUUGAACAAACCACCACCGAAUCCUCCCUUCAAUAGGCACUUUUGCGGAGUGGCCAGACCGACGGGCACUUCUUGGCCUCACGAUUUCGACCCGAGCGACCCGAAAAUCAACACAAAAGUGACCAAAUGUGAAAACGAGCGAACCCUACUGAACUGGUUCCUCUCGAUGUAUGGCACCAUUGAUCCGGAUUUGAUAGUGACCCAUGACGCGUAUGAUUUCCAGCUGGAUUUAAUUUGCCAGCGUUUGAUGGCGAUCAAAAUUCCGCAGUGGGCCCGAAUCGGACGGUUGAAGAUGAAGACUCCUUCCAGCCGAAGGGUGGACGACUUUUUCGUUGGGCGGAUGAUUUGCGAUGUAAAAACGUCGGCAGAGGAACUGAUCAAAUCACGCAGUUAUGAUUUGAAAACGCUUUGCGCGGAAGUGUUGAAAAUUCAGGACGGAGAACGAAGGGAUGUUCUGCUGGAUGACAUUCCGGGGAUGUAUGAGAAAUCGGCGGAUUUGAAACAGCUGAUUGGCUUGACUAUGCAGGAUAAUUUCUACACAAUGCGGCUGAUGUGCGAGUUGAAUGUGUUGCCAUUAGCGUUGCAGAUCACUCAGAUUGCGGGGAAUUUGAUGAAUCGCACGUUACAUGGCGGUCGUGCGGAGAGAAAUGAGUUUCUGCUGCUCCACGCUUUCAACGAAAAAGAUUACAUAAUGCCUGAUAAGGCCCCGAAGGCUGGUCCAGGGUUCACCCAGGAAGGCGGUGAAGCAAACGAUCGACGCAAACCUAAAAGCAAAGCCGCUUACGCCGGAGGCUUAGUGUUGGAACCGAUAAAGGGUUUUUACGAUAAAUUUAUCCUACUGAUGGACUUCAAUUCGCUGUAUCCAAGCAUCAUCCAAGAGUACAACAUCUGUUUCACGACGGUCUUGCCACCGGCAGACGGAGAGGACGAGAGCGGUGCCAUCAUUGUGCAAACCGAUGAAAUGGGAAUUCUUCCACGGCAGAUCCGCAAGCUGGUGGAGAGUCGUAAAGCGGUGAAGCAGCUGAUGAAGGCAUCCGGUCUGGAACCGGAGCUUAAAAUGCAGUACAACAUCCGCCAGAUGGCGCUCAAACUCACGGCGAAUUCGCUGUAUGGAUGUUUGGGAUAUACGCGAUCACGAUUCUACGCGCAGCAUCUGGCAGCGUUAAUCACCCAGAAAGGGCGAGAGAUUCUGAUGAACACCAAGAGCAUUGUGGAGAAGAUGAAUUAUCAGGUCAUCUACGGCGACACGGACAGUAUAAUGAUCAACACCAACAGCACCGAUUACGAGCAGGUGUCCAAAAUAGGUUCCAACAUAAAACAGUUUGUUAACAAAACCUACAAAUGUCUCGAGCUGGACGUCGACGGCAUCUACAAAUACCUCCUGCUGCUAAAGAAGAAAAAGUACGCGGCUGUCACAAUCGCGAAAGUGGGCGAAGAAUACAAAUGCACACAAGAGCUCAAAGGUUUGGAUAUAGUGCGUCGCGAUUGGUCCAAAAUAGCGGUGAUUGCCGGUAAUUUCGUUCUCCAUGAAAUUCUGUCCGACAAACCGAUGGACGAACGAAUCGAAAAUAUCCACACGAAGCUGGAGAAGCUGAAGGAUGACCUAAUGAAUGGCACAACAUUCCCUUCGCUCCUGGAGAUCACGAAACAGCUAACGAAACCACUGCACGAGUACUCGGAUGCAUCCCUACUGCCGCACGUGGCGGUAGCUUUGCGCAUGAAUAAGCAACGAAAUCGUAACUUCAAACGGGGUGACGUCGUGGGAUACAUCAUUUGCGAAGACGGAACUUCCGCUGCGGCGAUGAAACGAGCUUAUCACAUAGACGAGCUUAAGGAUCCAGCAAACAAGGACAAGCUGAAGCCAGACGUUGAGUACUAUCUGUCACAACAGAUCUUUCCGGUUGUCUUUCGCAUCUGUGAACCGUUGGAGGGAACGGAUGCGUGCCGUUUAUCCGUGUGUUUGGGAUUAGAUCCGAAAAAGUUCCAAAACCUAGGAAUGAAAGCCGGUGAUAGGGAACAUGCCGAUGGGGAUGCUGUUCAGAAGUCCAUCUCCCAGAAAUAUCGCUUGUGUCAUCGCUUUGAUUUCACUUGUGUCACCUGUAGCACUAAGAAUCCGGUUGCCAGUGGCUUCCGGAAGGAUAGUGGAAAACAUAAAUCCGUGUUCGAGAAGUGCGCGAAUGAAAGCUGCACUGUUCUUCCACAGCAGUACCUGCCAGCGAUUGUAAACGAGCUGACGCUUGCAAUUCGGGCGGAUGUGAAGCGAUUCUAUCAACGAUGGAUGGUCUGCGAUAAUCCCAUCUGCAAUCAGAAUACGAGGCUGUAUUCACAGGUUGCCACCAAAAAUAACCCCCACUGCUUGCAUUGUCUGAAUGGUUUACUCGUGCAGCAGUAUUCCGAGUCCGAUCUCUACCUUCAACUGAACUAUUACAAUUUCAUGUUCGACCUGAGCCAUUAUGACAGCAAAAUCACGAGGCUACUUCCGCCGGAUCUGCGUAACAUGUACACCGCGCUGAAAGCAAUCGUGGAUCGGUUCCUGUCGCGCUCGAAAUAUGCCACCGUCAAGCUGUCCACGUUGUACCUUAACUACGCGAUUAAUCCAAACUCUCGUCAGCCCAAAAUUUACCCGGUGAAGGAACUGGCCGCCACAAUCGGGACCAAAGAAAAGGUCUCACUGGCGGGAAGUGGGCAAAUUAGAUGGGAGCAAUAUCUUAACUACGACUAAAAUGGAGCAGAUGGCGUCUACUUCUAUCAUAUUAAUUAUUUUCGAUUCAAAUCGUUAACAAUAAACCCAAUGCAAAGUAAAAUUAUCUAUCGUCAAA